CUAAUUUAUGAUUAGCUGGCUGUAGCAGACGACAGAUGAAUUAUCCAAUAAAUUUACACAAAAAAAUGAAUCCCUCGGUUCAUAACAAAGAUUUUGAUAGGCGAAAAGUACACAAUUUUCGUCAUGUGACCCAAUUUGUUCGAAUUUCCCGGGAAAUGUUAUGGAAUGUCAUCACCAAUGUAAACAACAUGGCGGCGAGUGCAUUGACUGUGAAUGCUGAUACUGAAUCAGACGAUGAAGAAGGGGCUGGGACCCAAGAAUUAGACAACAAUAUCGGUGGAUCCGAUCUGGAAUUGUCUGAGCUGGACUCUGACAGUGAUGAUGACAUUCCACUCGCCGAUAUCAUCCCGCUAGCGGGCCUCGUAGACCGCGGAGGUGGAGAUGCUGGACACGCCCACAACGAUCGCCGCUGGACAGCUGAUCUGAAACCUAUACGUGUGAAGGAUUUCGAGGAUAUAGCUGGCCCUACUACCGCACUGGAUGCUGAGAAGAAAGAGCUGGAUUUCUUUCACCUGAUUUUCCCUGAAUCCUUGUACGACAAGCUAGCCCAGCAGACCAACACCUAUGCUGCUAAGCGGAUCCGGGAAAAGGCAGACAGCUCGUGGCAGGCAACUUCGCCCACCGAGAUCAAGACCUUCUUGGGGAUUGUGAUUUUUAUGUCACUGCUGGACCUGCCAACUGCAAAGAUGUACUGGUCAUCUGAUUGGAUGUUUCAAACAUCUUUGCCUACCAUAAUGACCAGACUCAGAUUUGAGAAACUCGCACAGUAUUUUCAUCUGAAUGACUCCACGACAAAUCCCCCCAAAGGCAGCGACGGUCACGACAAGCUCCAUCAUGUCAGGCCAGUCUUAGAUACCAUCCAAGGCACUAUAGCAUCCCAGUACACGUUACACCAGGACUGUGCUAUAGAUGAGGCUAUGAUUGCAUACAAGGGGAGGCUUAGUUUUAAGCAAUAUAUGCCAGCCAAGCCGGUUAAGUUUGGGAUCAAGGUGUGGGAGCGGGCGGAUUCCACCAAUGGCUAUGUCGACAAACUCCAGAUUUACACCGGAAGAGCAGGAAAUGAACAAGGCAAGAGAGAAGUUGGACUUGCUGCUCUAGUUGUGACCGACCUGACCAUGCAGAGACAUUGUUGGUAGCAGUCGCCACGUAUAUGUUGACAAUUUCUUCUCCAGUCCCCAGCUGUUUUCUGACUUGCUAAAGGAUGGUCUCUAUGCAUGUGGAACAUGUCGAAUCAAUAGAAAGGGGUUCCCGUCUGGUAUCAGUAAGGAGAAUGUUAAAAAAAAGGGAGACUUCACAAUGCUGCAAUCAGGUAAU